AAAGUCUUCCAAAUCGAAAAUGAAAGUUCAACAGAGGAAGAAAGCUCUUUUAAAUGUUCUAGAUUUUGGAGAUGACAGCCAUCCGCUGCAUCUUAUUAUAACAGAAAAUCAUGCCAGAAGGCUAGACAUUGAAGAAGACAACUUUUCCUUCGUGACAUUGGCAGGGAAAAGAUGUUUUGAAGCAGAUAUUGGGCGUGACAGUUCACUUUCAUUUUCAUCACCAAAUUCUACACACAGUAGUAAAACCAAUUUGAGUUCUCCCUCGCAUCCAUACCCGCCAUCUUCUACAAACCCUGAUCAAAAUGAUAGCUUUAGUCAGUACAAUCCAGAUCAGUUGGAUAUUACUGCAUGUGUAAAGAUAAUUGACAGAGAACAUCCUAUAUCCACACAAGUUGAAGCAGAUUUUCCAGAAAUUAGCAGCUAUUGUGUAGUUGUGACUUGUUCUAUGCAAUUCUUAUCACAUUACCAGAUUUCUGUUGAUGAUGAUUUCUUUGUUAGAAAAAUCACAGUUUUCCCGUUACAGAAAGUAGUCAUUGGUGUGGCUGAAGAAAAAACAUUUGAAUGGUUAAAUAAAAUAAAAUUUGACCACUGGUUACAAACAAAAGUGUGUCAGCAUCCUGUUCUAGUGAGAACAAACGACAUAUUUCUUGCCUCUUACCCAGAAGAAGAUUCCCUCACUGAGGCAAAAUUUGAUCCUGCUUAUUUUUUUGAUAUGAUUAUACUUGAAGCAUGUCCAUUAAGACAGGGUAUCAUAACAGUGAACACAGAAAUUAUUUUCUCUUAUUCUAAAGAAAAAGAUGAAAUCUUUGAGCCGAUACGGUUAGAAAUGCCUGGUAAAAGACCUAAAUCAAAUGGAUUAGAUACUACCAAUUACUUUGUAUCAGAUUUUUGUCAGCCAUCAAUACCAGAUUCUUUGAAAUUGAAUGCUAAAACUAUAGGUGUCAAGAAAUUAUCUGCAAGUGGUACUUUGCCAUCAUUUGAUGUAGAGGUUGUUCAGCAGGAAGUUUUGUGGAGAAAACUCCUAAAUACACCACAAAGAGAUAUAACAUUUGACCCAAUGAACAUUAUAGGAAUGACAAAGAAUACCAUGUUACACAAUGGAUUCUUUGAAGAAAGCCUGGUCAAAGUUUCAUUUGAAAGUAACUCCAAAACAGAGAAUGUUCAUUACAGAAUUGGACUUGUGAAAUGUGUUUCUGAUACUGUAGAAAAGACAAACAAAGUAUUUGUGUCCCCUCUUCUAGUGUUUAAUUUACAGAAAACUCAUUAUAAACAUGGACACAAAACACCACUGAUAAUAGAGAAAUAUCAUUGUGAUGGGGAGAAAUUUGGUACUGCAAGUUCUUCAUGGUCUACUGCCAUACCUGUUGCUACAGAGGUACACAUGUCUGUUGUCAACUCACCAUAUUAUCAUGUCAAAGGAGUUCAUACUGAGGCAGUGAAAGCAUUCUUCCAAGUUCCCAGACUGGUCACCAAAGACGAUAUUUUACCUAUAAAAAGUUCAGAUGACCCAGAGUUCUUGACUGUGACAGUUGAUGCAGAUAAAAGAAAUCCAGUGGUAUUUUAUAAAGUUGUUAAAGUAGAUGGACCAAAGGCCACAGUGCCAUGUUACAUAGUAGACAAAGUCAGGACCAAAGUAGUUCAGUUUGGGUCCUGUCAUAGUUAUGUUCCAGCUCUGGCCCUCUCCUAUCUAACAGAUGGACCCCUGACAUACUGGGACCAAACGUACCUUCAUGGAAUGAACAAAUAUGCUGAUAAUUUAGAGAAGAUCAUUAGACCACAUUUACAGCAUGGAAUUGACAAGAUGGGGUACAGAGAGGUUUUGCCUACAAUAUUACUAACUGGUCCCUCAGGAUGUGGUAAAACUACUCUAGCAAUAACAGUUGCCAAGCGCCUUCAUCUACACAUUUAUAAGGUGAAUUGCCACAUGUUAUAUGGAGAGGCAUCAGGUGCAACAGAAUCUAGAUUGAGGAAUAUUAUAUCAUCAGCCACUACCUACUCACCAUGUAUACUGCUUCUUCAUAGCAUACAUGCUCUGGGAAAAGACAAAGAGAGAAAUACAGAAGAUCCAAGAGUAGCCAACACAUUCCGUACAUGUAUGCAGGAUCUACCAAAACAAUGUGAAUACCCAGUUGUUGUCAUAGGAACCACAAGUUCAGCCAAUAAACUUGCAGCAGAUGUUCAUGAAACUUUCUUACAUCAACUUCAAAUAGAGUCCCCCGAUGAGAAUGAGAGAGCUGAAAUGUUAGAUGGACUACUACAAAGUGUAUGUUAUGCUGGAGAUCUAUCUGGACAAUAUCUGGCUCAAAGGACAGCUGGUUUUGUAUUAGGAGAUAUGACAGCUCUGGUGUCCCAUGCUAAAAGAGAGGCUUACACACAAGUCUUAAAGUUUUGUUCCUCUGGUAAACAGAUAUUGAGUUUAGAGGAAGAAAAUGAUUUAGCCAUGGCUGGAGUUGUUGUUCAACAGGAAGAUUUUGUUAAAGCUCUGGAUCAGCUUCAAGCAGCACAUUCAGAUACUAUUGGUGCACCAAAGAUUCCAAGUGUGAAAUGGCGAGAUGUUGGUGGAUUACUAGAUGUUAAAGCUGAAAUACUGGACACAAUACAACUGCCUUUACAAUACCCAGAACUAUUGGCUGCUGGUCUCAGGCGAUCAGGAGUGUUGUUAUAUGGACCACCUGGGACAGGAAAAACACUGUUGGCAAAGGCUGUGGCUACAGAAUGCUCUCUCAACUUCUUAAGUGUGAAAGGUCCUGAGUUGAUUAACAUGUAUGUGGGACAAAGUGAACAGAACAUAAGAGAAGUUUUUGAAAGAGCUAGAAGUGCCACACCAUGUGUCAUAUUCUUUGAUGAACUGGAUUCUUUAGCACCAAACAGAGGGAAAAGUGGAGACUCUGGUGGAGUAAUGGACAGAGUUGUGUCACAGUUAUUGGCAGAACUAGAUGGACUACAUAAGUCCAGUGAUGUUUUUGUGAUAGGAGCUACAAACAGACCAGACCUGUUAGACCCUGCCCUACUCAGGCCUGGAAGAUUUGACAAGUUACUGUAUCUUGGCGUUAGUCAGGAUACUGAUUCCCAGUUGAAAAUAUUACAGGCAUUAACAAGAAAAUUUAAAUUGGAGAAGGUUUUAGAAUUGAGAAAUGUUGUUGAGAAAUGUCCUAAGAAUCUAACUGGUGCUGACUUCUAUGCUUUAGCUUCUGAUGCCAUGCUGAAUGCUUUAAAAAGAAAAAUCACCAUGCUAGAAGCUGGGGAGACGACUGACCAAGAAAAUGUUGUUGUGUCAGAGAAUGAUUUUCUACAGUCCUUGUCAGCUCUUACACCAUCUUUAUCUGAUGAUGAAAUGAAACAUUAUGAAGAACUAAGAGCCUAUUUUUCUGGAAACUCUGCAUCUUGAUGAAAACCUGUCCUUAAAAAUGCUGUGAUAAUUAUAAUUUAUUAUUAGAAACUGAUGAAUAUGA